AUGGAAGAUGCCACCAAGGUCCAAGGUAACGGGCGUAUCGAGGUGAAUUUGACGCCAGCAGUCUAUAGGAGACUGUCACGAUUGUUUCCCGACCCCAAACCGGCUCCAAGUGAUAACGAAGGCCACGAAGAAGACCCUCCACCAAGCUAUGACGAUGUGACGUCGACAAGAUUUCCGACGCCGCUGAAUAUAGUCAUCCAAGUCGUUGGAAGCCGUGGCGAUGUUCAACCCUUUAUCGCCCUCGGAAAUGAACUUCAAAGACACGGUCAUCGGGUUCGGUUAGCCACGCAUGAUGUUUUUCACGAUUUUAUCAGGAAUUCCUCUCUUGAGUUUUUCCCCAUUGGCGGCGACCCCGCAGACCUUAUGGCAUAUAUGGUCAAGAACCCGGGCCUCAUUCCUAGCAUGAAGAGCCUUCGAGCCGGUGACAUUCAGCACAAACGUCGGAUGGUGGCUACAAUGCUCGAUGGAUGUUGGCGAUCAUGUGUUCACCCAGAUCCAGACACGGGAAUACCAUUUGUGGCUGACGCAAUAAUCGCAAAUCCCCCAAGCUUCGCCCACGUUCAUUGCGCCGAGGCUUUGUCAAUACCCUUACAUUUAAUGUUCACCAUGCCCUGGAGCCCGACUCGGGCCUAUGCCCACCCUCUCGCUGAUAUCAAGAUCAAAACUCCGCAUAUCAGUCCCGAGGCCGCCAACUAUUUCUCGUACGGUGUCGUUGAAUGGAUGACUUGGCAGGGAUUAGGUGACGUAAUUAACGAAUGGAGAGAGAGUAUCGACCUGGAAGCUGUUCCAUUUUCCGAGGGUCCUAGUCUGGUCCAGACGCAAAAAAUACCAUUCACAUACUGCUGGUCACCGUCGUUGGUACCAAAGCCAUUCGAUUGGCCAGGUCACAUUGAUGUCUGUGGGUUCUUUUUUCGAGAAGCCCCAAUAUUUGAACCAAAUAAGCAGCUGCGAGCCUUUUUGGAUGCUGGACCUCCUCCGGUCUAUAUUGGAUUCGGUAGCAUAGUGAUCGAUGACCCGAGUCGAUUGACUGCCAUGAUUGUAGAUACGGUCAAAAGGACUGGCAUCCGUGCGCUUAUUUCUAAGGGCUGGAGCAAGCUUGGGUUUGUGGAUGGUCAAGAAGUUCAGAGUGAGAGUAUUAUGCUCCUCGAUGAUUGUCCCCAUGAGUGGCUGUUCCAACACGUCGCCGCUGUAAUACAUCACGGAGGUGCUGGAACAACUGCAUGUGGUCUGCGAUAUGGUGUGCCUACUACCAUUGUCCCAUUCUUUGGAGAUCAACCAUUUUGGGGGGAAAUGGUAGCUGCUGCUGGCGCCGGCGCGAAUCCUAUUCCCCAUCAAGCUUUAACCUGUGAGAUUCUAGCCGAUGCAAUUAGGUUCUGCCUAAGACCUGAGACUUUUGCGGCGGCCAAGAAAAUUUCUGACAGAAUGCGAGCUGAGUUGGGCGUCGUAAGAGCCGUGCAGUCUUUCCAUGCUCAGCUUCCCCCUGUGGAAAAGCUACAGUGCGACAUACUUCCAGAACAGCCUGCUGCCUGGAACUACCGGGGCCGCCGGCAAGAUCUCAAGCUCAGCAAGGUUGCAUAUGAGAUUCUAAAAGAACACCUCAAACUUGGGCGCAAAUCCGUUACUUUAUACGAAACAAAACCCGUCACCAUCGAGCCAAGGAGAUGGGAUCCUGUGACGUCAACAACAUCCGCGGCUAUAGGAUAUGGCGUUGACAUGACAAAGGCAGUGACUGAUGUCGUUGCAAAGCCCGUACGAGUAUACAGAAAAGCGGCAUUCGCCAGAAAACAGCAGCGGUCGCUGGAAGAUACGACAGCCGUGGCACCCGGAACUGUCCAGCAAACGACAUUAAACGACCUUGGCAAGACUCAAGCUGCGUCUCGGCCAGAACUGCCACGCCCCAGAAGCUGCGGAGCCCCAAUUGGGGCAGCAGCUGUGGCUUGUGCCUCGAGCUUGGGCCAUAUCCUUACUCUUCACACGAAAGGCGUUUUCGUCGAUGUCCCUCUUGCGACUACUGAAGGGCUUCGCGCUAUCCCCAAGCUCUAUGGCCAUGAAGUUCGCGACCAUGGCCCUGUUCGUGAUUGGAAAUCUGGAGCAGAGGUUGCUGGCAAGAAUUUUGCCUAUGGCUUGACUGAAGGGAUUGUGGACUUGUUUGUUGAACCAGUUCGAGGCGGUCGUCAAGAGGGGGCCCUCGGUGUGGCAAAAGGCCUCGGGAAAGGCCUCGUGAGUAUCGGAACCAAGAUACCAUCAGGCAAGUUCAUGCAACUGAUUUGUAUCAUGGCCUACAACUAA